AUGAAGGUAGGCUGCAGCGUGUGUUUAUUGAUGAGAUGAAAGAAGAUGGAAGUGAGAAAUGAAAUAAAGUAAGGGAAAAUAUUAAACAAUUCGAAGCCUUGCCGGGGAAAAACCGGGGAAGCUGUGAAUCGCUGUCGCCAUUGGAAAAAAAGCUUAGGACAGCAGCGAUACGUCUGGAUUGGCUCACGAAGACACUGCCAGGACAUCAAAUGUGAUCUGUGAUGUCAUUGCAAGGUGGGGAGGUUUUGGAGGUGUCCAGUUUAAAUUGAAAGGGCGGUAUUGAAGAGACCACUGUGGCAGAGCGACCUGUGAUAGAGGCAAGCAGAGAGGACGGAAGGUAUUGCACUGGUCUUCUCUCAGCCACCUCCACCAGGAACCUGUAGCAGUGUGUCCUGUACCUCAUCACCAGCCUCACACACAUCUUCCCAACCAAGCGUCAUCUGACUGUGUGACAUCAGUUGCAAGGGGAUGACCGAGCGCAUUCAUAACAUCAAUCUCCACAACUUCAGCAAUUCUGUACUUGAGACCCUCAAUGAGCAGCGCAACCGCGGGCACUUCUGUGACGUGACUGUUCGGAUCCAUGGAAGCAUGCUGCGAGCCCACCGCUGCGUGCUGGCCGCUGGGAGCCCCUUCUUUCAGGACAAGCUGCUCCUGGGCUACAGUGACAUUGAGGUCCCCUCGGUGGUCUCGGUGCAGUCCAUCCAGAAGCUGAUAGACUUCAUGUACAGUGGGGUCCUGCGGGUUUCCCAAUCGGAAGCUCUCCAGAUCCUCACUGCUGCCAGCAUACUGCAGAUCAAAACGGUCAUCGAUGAGUGCACCCGCAUCGUGUCCCAGAAUGUGGGCCUGGCCGGGCCAGGGGGGUUCCCUGUCAACCCAGGAGACUCUGGGCAGGAGACGCCCCGGGGCACACCUGAGUCAGGCACCUCUGGGCCCAGCAGCGAUGCAGAGUCAGUGUACAUGCAGGCCACGUCCCAGCAGAACCUAGAGCGUGCGUACACAUCGCAUUACUCCUACUCCGGCCUUUCACUGCAGAAUGGAACCCGUGAGCGCUCCCACUACGUAACCAGUAUGACAACAAGCUACGACCCAGCCCUCGGCACGCAGAAGGACCAGCAUGACCAGGACCCGCCGUGGAUCACCCGCAUCCAUGAGAGGUCACAGCAGAUGGAACGCUUCCUAUCCACUCCUGAGACCACCCACUGCCGCAAGCAGCCCCGACCGGUACGCAUACAGACAGGAGGCGUUCACAUAAAGCAGGAGGCAGAGGACGAGUACAGCAGCUAUGGUAUGGAUGAGUGCACAGAAGACACAGAACACGUUGAGGGUGUGGAGAGUGAGCCGAAGGGUGAAAGCUUUGACUCAGGGGUAAGCUCCUCCAUCGGUACUGAGCCAGACUCCGUGGAUCAGCAGCAGUACCUGCUUGGCUUUGGGAGGGAAGGGGUUGGAGAGGGGCAACAGUGCGAGGGGACCCCAGUGCAGAUCGAUGUCAAUGACUCCUCCCCAGAGCAGAUGCAUGAGACGGAGGACAGGGGCACAUCCCACGGCACUAGCGACAGUAACAUGUUGCAGCCCCUGCCCAACCCAAUCAUGGCCCAGUCCCUGCCAAGUGCCCCACUCUAUAUGCGCCAGGCCGAAUCCCACACCAGCAACCUGAGGAUGCCGCUCACCAUGACCAGCAACACCCAGGUAAUGGGCACGGCCAGCAACUCCUACCUGCCCAACCUCUUUGCCACACAGUCGGCCAGCAACAACAAGCCCUUCCUCUUCAGCCUGCCACAGUCCAUGGGAGGCCAACAGACCCAGUUUGUGGCCGUGCCGCCCCCUUGUAUGCCCCCAUUCUCUCAGCAGUUGAUGGUACAGCAGCAGGCAGCGCGGGAACAGCAACAGGCGGCCCAGAUGGGACAGGGGGAGAAGAAGCCCUAUGAGUGCACUCUAUGCACUAAAACCUUUACUGCUAAACAGAACUAUGUCAAACACAUGUUUGUGCACACUGGUGAGAAACCACAUCAGUGCAGCAUCUGCUGGCGCUCGUUCUCCCUGAAGGAUUACCUAAUCAAACACAUGGUCACACACACAGGGGUGCGUGCCUACCAGUGCAGCAUCUGCAACAAACGCUUCACCCAAAAGAGCUCCCUCAACGUCCACAUGCGGCUGCACCGUGGAGAGAAGUCCUACGAGUGCUACAUCUGCAAGAAGAAGUUCUCGCACAAGACCCUGCUGGAGAGACACAUGGCUCUGCACAGCACAGCGGGCGCCGUCACAGGUCUGUCGGGGGCAGCAGGCGCCGGUGGUCCCGUCUCCAUCCCCAUGGCCGUGCCCGAACCCGGCGCCGGAGUGGUGGCCCUCGCCAUGCCCGUCAGCGGAGGUGCCGGAAUAGGGGGUGGGGUCGGAACAGGAGUGGGUGUGGCUGCGGAGGCAAGCUGCCAAGAAGGGACCACCUACGUGUGCUCCGUCUGUCCUGCCAAGUUCGACCAAAUUGAGCACUUCAAUGACCACAUGCGAAUGCAUGUCUCCGACGGAUAAGUACAAAUAGAUGCACUUCUUUUAAAAAAGAAUGAAAAAGAAAAAUGGCACUAGAUUUUUUUAUUUUGGGGCAUGAAGAGUAAUGAGUAUAGACACUGGCACAUUAAGUUUCCCAGAAAGGAGUUUUUUUUGUUGUUAUUCUAAAAGAAAAACAAGAUGGUGGCCUUAAGGCUUUGUAGUUUGAUAUUGAUCCACUGGAUGGAUCCUUACUACAGGCCUCUAAAUGUAUGCUUUCCUAAAAUUACUGAUUUAUGUGUUGAACACUACCGAAAGGCCUACGAAAGAAACACACACAUACACAAAUUCAAACUUACACACCUAUAUACAGUAUAGAUAUAUGUUUGUAUGAGUGUAUGUGUUCAUGUGUGUAUGUGUGUGCUUGUGUAUUUGUAUGUGUGCGUGACUGCUUGUGUGUGUGUGUGUGUGUGUGUGCGCGUGUGCAAACAUUGCCAUGGAAUUUCUAACAUGGUAAAUGUGAUCCCAUAUUGACCGUUUUGGGCACUAUAGGCGUCCAAGCUUACUGUGGUAUGAUUUUCAAAAAAAAAAAAAAAAGAUCUGGCUUGGGCUAAAGAUUCCCUCUUAAAAAACAUUGUUGGUCACAAGUUUGCCUUCUUAUGUCGGAUAAGAAAAGGAGAGUAAUUCAUUUGACACUGGGUUUUUAUUUAUUAUUAUGGUAUCGAGGGAUUAAAAUGCAGCUGUUGUGGAGGUACAAGAUGAUUUGACUAAUUGUACUGAAAUGUAACUUCCUGUGAGUGGGCAUAGGAAUGGUUAUUUGGUUACUGUUUUACUGUCCAUGCAAUUUGAUGGUUCAGGUUAAGUUGACGAAAUUAGCGUUGUUGAUAAGACAGUAUUUGAGCAACAAACAAACAAAAAGUAAUUAUUGUUAGGAGUUUAUUUCGUUUGCAUCCACUGCCACUAAUAUCUUAGAAGACUGUUCAGGCUAUAACUUAUUAACAGAAGACAGAAGAAUGUUCUUCUUGACUUAAUCUGUUUCUAAAUUAUGGGUUUAGUUCUAUGAAGAUGAUUUGACAUGUGCAGUUGUGGCAGGCUUGAGUAUGUCACCAGACUUAUCAUGAUUGCUGCUCCCACAACGUGUACCAGACUGUUAUCAGCUGUAGAUUACGACGCGAUUCGUCAUUAUUACUAUUAUCGUUCAAAUGAUUUAAAAAAAUAUAUAUAUAUGAUUUGAUAAUGGAAUGAUUUACCAAGGAAGUUUAAGACAGCCGUCAAAUGGAUUAACGGUGAAUUGAGAAUGAUUCUGUGAACUUGCAGUGGACAGAAAUAUCAUCCUAUGACCUAAAACUCUUGUCUACCCUGUUCCUAAGGAUAUGACCCAGCUAUUUGAGCAGGUGGAGAAAAAUGAAAUGCACUACUCCUGAAAUCUUAGCUCCACCUGGUGGCCCAAAUGACAUGCAGACAAGCGAGACACGAGGCAAAAUAAAGCAUGAUAACAUAUACCCGGGUCAAUAAUUAGCCUACUUCAUAAUAUACCACAAUUUGCAGAUGGACUUUCCAGACAAUAAGAUACAUUCCUGUUUUCACCGGAUACCUAGACACAAGUGUGUACAGAAUAGAUUUGGGAGUAGGGAGUGGGGAGACCGUUCGAGUGUCACGUCACUCAAAGGCUCUGCUCUGAUCUUUGUCUUGUUGUUCUUGCAUUUUAUCCAAAAUAAGACAGACACGUCUGCCUGCAACUGCAAUCUGACGUUUUUGCUCAUUUCUUUUGAGUAGACACUUUUUUUUUUUUAGUUACAACGAUGAGAUCGUAACUAACCACAAUUACAGUACAGUCUGAAAACAAUAUGUUGUAGAUAGAAACAAAGUGCUGCAUUGCAAAUUUUCUUCAAAUGCCUGUGCUUAAUAUUGAAUUGUUUUACUUAAGAAAUUAAAUUCUAUGAUUUUCGUUUUUUUUUAUUUUCUAAAGGAAAAAAAAAAUAAUCUUAAAAGCUUGAUAAGAGGACUGCAUUAUUUUCUUGCAUAUGUGUUGCACUGCUUAAACCGAUAAGUGCACUACUGUUACCAGAGAUAUUUUAGUUUUAGAGAAUAAUAAUCAUUUUUUAUCGAAUGUUUGGUUGUAGAAUUCACGUAUUAGAGUAGCUUUUGUUCUAUUUUUCGAUAAGGUAAUUCAACGUUUCUUGGCUUUUGUUAUUGCUUGCUACUCUAUGUAUUGACUUGUGCCGUGUUUGUGCAAGCAUUUAUUUUUUAUUCAAAUCCGAACCAUCGUGUGAGCUUCUCUCUGUUUUUACCCUUUUUAAAUGCAUUCUUUUCAGGAAUUAAUCCCUUCUAACAGCAGUUAUCACACUGCAUACAUUAGAACAGAUGCUGAAUUUUCAUACAAAAAGCAUUCAUGCCAAAUGAUACACCCCCCCCCCCAAAAAACCUAACUUUUUUUUAUAUAAAGUGUGCGUGGACAUAAAUGAUACACAUAAAUCAUAGGCGUGUUUUAGACAUUUCUUUGGGAAUAAGAGGGUGGGUGGGAGAUUGUACGAAGCUUAUUUGCUAUUUGUAAAUUGUUUCACAAGUGUGUGUCUCUUGUGUUUUGUAUGUCUGUGUGAGUGUUUGUGUGUGUUGUAUAAUCAAACUGUUGGUGUCCCAAGUGGACGUGUAAUACCUGAACUGUAGGGCUUCCUUUGCAAUAUGCAGUGCAGGUACUAUGAGAAGCAGCUUUUGCUAACCCUCAUGGGCUAAUAAACACAUUUGUGAUGCACAUUUACGAAGACAUCUAUUGAUCAAACAUUGAUACUGGUAAAUACACUGCCCCUAUUGGAAGAAGUAUAUGGCAUUUUGUGCCUAGUGCUUUAGUUAGCUUCAUUCAGCUGGUUGCUAUUUGAAAAGGCAAGGUGUACCUGAGAAAAGUCUCCCACCAGCUUCACUGUGUUCUAUCUUUGUCUCUUUCAAAUGGGAAAAACAAGGACGUGAUGAGGGACUGUAAAUUAACAUAGAUCACAAAGUUGGGAUCUCCUCAUAUCAGAAACAACGGACCUACUGCAUGCAUCAGAGCGGUGUCUUCAUAUUAUGUCAUAGUCUCCAUCUGGUCACUGAAUAGCAUGUGGUUGUCAAAGCGAAGGAAACGAUAUGCACUCCCCUACGUGUUUUGUGGAACAGUGAAUCUACAUGUUUAAUUUGUCUCUAUACCCCAGCAUAUUAUCAUACAUAACUGUUUUACCGUUUAGAAAUGAAAGCACGUUAUGUAUGUAGUCCCCCCAGUUGAACGUAUUAGAAGUAUUUGGACGAAUUCACUUACAGUGUAUUAUAUUUAGUCGAAAGUUUAUUACUUGGUCCCAUAUUCCUAACACACAAUGAGUACAUCAAGCUUGUGACUACAAACCUGUUGGAUGCAUUUGCAGUUCAUAUUGGUUGUGCUGUUGUGCUGUUGUGCUGUUGUGUUGUGCUGUUGUGCUGUUGUGCUAUGCCCACUAGAAAUGAAUGUGUAGUGUAUUUUGGAGACACCUUCAUUGUAAAUUACAAUAUCAUAUUUCUGAACGAUUAUAAAUUAAGGUGGAUGCUACCAUGAUUAUGGAUAAUUAUGAAUGAUGUGUGAUAAAGUUACAGAGACAUAAAUAUCAUGCCCCCCCCCCCCAAAAAAAAUGGUAACCUCCCUGUUAUUGGUAAUGGUGAGAGGAUAGCAUGUUUUGAGGGAUCUUUGUGCAUCUGUAACUUGGUACAUUAAUGUAAAAGUGUCCAGAAACAUAUUCUUUUCUAAUUUACAAUAAAAGCGACACCAAAAUGGCACAAUAAGUAUUCACUAUAAGUGAAUUUGUCCAAUAUUUAAAAUGGGGAGGACGAGAUACAUAAAGUGCUUUAAUUUCUAAGCGGUAAAUAUUCUGUACUGGCGCUUCAUAAGACAAUAUUAAACGUUUUAGCUUCGCUGUCCAUAUAAAUACGUAGGUGAGUGUAUGUGACUUGUGAUUGGCCAGCAGUGUGUUAUCCUCUGCUGCAGAGAUCUCUAGGGGGAACAUAAGCCUAUACCUGCUUCUACUCUAUAGCUUCAAUUGCCACACUAAGUCAAGGAACACUGAAUGGCUGCAUGCAAUGUUAAUUUGUCUCUAUUCUUGGAGGACUCUCUGUAGGCGUAGGUUUGCUGAGGCAAUGUCCUUAACAGAUGGCUACAGUAUGUAAGGGACUGCUGUGAUCUAUUUUGAUCACAUGUUAUUGCUCUGGCAUACAGUUGUUGUUGUUGGUGUUGGUGGUAGUGUUCAGGGCCGUAAACCAGGGUCUUAGUCCGGACUGUUUUAAGAAAGCUGAAGCUCAUUUACUGCAUUUCGAUACAGUUUUUAAAAUAUUUUUUGAAAUGCUAUUUGGAGAACAGCAAACGUGACCCCAGCCAUUAUCACACUGGUCGCUGUAGCUUCAUUCACCUCAGUCCAUCUCCAAACACACAGCCUACUGGCUAUACAAUUAGCCGCUACACAUGAACUCAGAACUGGGAUGAAAAACUGAUUGAACGUACAGAGGGAUAUGUUGGCAGAAAAAAAGUAUUUCAUUAACGAAAAAGUAAACGACUGGGUUUGUUUUACAGAACAAUUGUUUUUGCAGUUUUUACAGCUAAUUUCCUGCCGUUCUCCACAUGUUGCCAUGACUUAUUCCAUGUGAAUGAUAUCUGAGUGAGAGGGACUAACUAAAUCAAUUGGAAUCCCCCUGGGGUGCCCUGCUUGCCCAGUCGGUAAUUCAGCCACGAUUACUACAAGUUUAGAUAGCUGGCUAGACUAACUAGACUCAUUUACCAAUCUAAAAAUGUGUUACUGACAUGGGCUAAUUGAGUGACUGUCAGUGAGUGACAUAUCACAACAGGAAAACUAGUGAUGCGCAACUACGCUUUGAAAUUGCACCUUGUGUAUUCUACUAUUCUAACUGUCAACAGUAAGUUGAGGCCCUGACAGAGUUCCAUCUUUUGAAUUUUUGUCCUACUAUGUGGUUUACUGCCUUGGUGGUUGUCUGCCUUAUGGAAUAAUAUAGAAAUGGUCAACCGUCUAGGCAGAGCAGUACAGUCACCAAAUGAGUCCCAGUAAACACAGUGUGUGCCAUGCACCGUGGAAAGCAAGUCCAACCUUCAGUUUCACAAAACCAGAAUAAUGAAUGCACUCUAUGAUAGCCAUGGAGCCAUCACUUAUUUAUAAUGAAACCAAGACCAGACAACAGUUGCUUCCAAGUAUAUUACCAGUGAGAUAAUCUAGCAUUAUUUUGUGAUUAUCAAGAUUAUCAAGUGAUAUCAAGUUUGGUUUACUUGGCAGUCUCAUACAGUCAGCCCAAAUGAUAUUUAUGUAACACAUGAAUCAAAUGCACUAUUGACUGUAGAUGUCUUUCUUAAAGUGCGUCAUUUUCUCGUUGUCACAGGUUGUUUAA